UUUAACACCACCAACCCAACCUUUUCAACGCCAAUAAAUCGCCCACUUCCGAUCCCUUCACCUCUCCCACUUUUCAUGUUCUUCUCUCAAGAUUUCAAUCCAUUUUCCCUUCAACUUCAUCACCCACUUCUUCAUGAUGCCUGGUGUAACGACGGAGUCGUCCGAGAAGGACUCGGAGCCGUUUGUCGAAGUGAAUCCAACGGGUCGAUACGGGCGAUACGGCGAGCUUCUAGGGUCGGGAGCGGUGAAGAAAGUGUACCGAGCGUUUGAUCAAGAAGAAGGAAUUGAGGUAGCUUGGAAUCAAGUGAAAUUAAGAAGCUUUUCAAAUGAUCCAUCCAUGAUUGAUAGGCUUUACUCGGAGGUGACAUUGCUAAGAACCUUAAAGAACAAUAACAUCAUUGCUUUGUACGAUGUAUGGCUUGACAAACUUCAUGGAACCUUAAAUUUCAUUACCGAGGUUUGUACAAGUGGGAAUCUUAGAGAAUAUAGGAAGAAACAUAGGCAAGUUUCUUUGAAAGCCUUGAAGAAAUGGUGUAAGCAAAUUCUUAAGGGUUUGCAUUAUUUGCAUACUCAUGAGCCUUGUGUUAUUCAUAGAGAUCUCAAUUGUAGCAACCUCUUUGUCAAUGGCAAUGUUGGGCAGGUGAAGAUUGGUGAUUUGGGUAUGGCUGCAACGGUGGGGAAGAAUCACUCAGCUCAUUCAGUGCUUGGGACACCGGAAUUCAUGGCACCUGAGCUAUAUGAAGAGCAUUACACCGAGCUUGUGGACAUAUAUUCAUUUGGCAUGUGUUUGCUUGAAUUGGUCACCUUGGAAAUUCCCUAUAGUGAAUGUGAUAACGUUGCGAAAAUCUAUAAGAAAGUAUGCUCGGGCAUCAAGCCGUUGGCACUCGACAAGGUCAAGGACCUUGAGGUGAAGGCUUUCAUUGAGAAUUGCCUUGCUCCGUCUCAAGAUCGGCCCUCGGCUGCUGACCUCCUCCGCCACUCGUUUUUCAGUGAAAUUGACGAAGACGACGACGACGAGGAUAGUAAUGAUCGUUAGUGUAUUGCGAUUGAAUAAGAAUUUAUAUGUGGUUUGUAUGUAUGAUGAAUGAAAUUAGUGUUUGUUUUCUCA